AUGGCUCCUGACAGGUCCCCGUCGGUGUUCGCCGAUGCCGGGCGGCAGAGCGGGUUGCAGGUGUGGCGGGUUGAGCAGCUGGAGCUGGUGCCGGUGCCGCCCAGCCGCCACGGAGACUUCUUCGUGGGGGACGCGUACCUAGUGCUCCACACCGUCCGCCGCGGCGCCGACGCCGCUUACCGCCUGCACUACUGGCUCGGGAAAGAAUGUACCCAGGAUGAAAGCACAGCUGCAGCUAUCUUUGCUGUUCAACUGGAUGACUACUUAGGAGGAAAGCCUGUCCAGAGCAGAGAAAUUCAAGGAUACGAGUCUACUGAAUUUGUAGGCUACUUCAAAGGAGGAAUCAAAUACAAGGCAGGUGGUGUUGCCUCUGGAUUUAAUCAUGUUGUUACUAACGAUCUGAGUGCCCAGAGGCUUCUGCACAUCAAGGGACGGAGAGUUGUAAGAGCCACAGAAGUCCCCCUGGCUUGGACCAGCUUCAACAAAGGAGAUUGCUUCAUUAUUGACCUGGGAACUGAGAUCUAUCAGUGGUGUGGCUCAUCGUGCAAUAAAUAUGAGCGGCUGAAGGCUACUCAGGUUGCUGUUGGCAUUCGGGACAACGAGCGAAAUGGAAGGUCCAAAUUAAUUACUGUGGAAGAAGGGAGUGAACCAGACCAGCUCAUAGAGGUUUUAGGGAGCAAGCCAGAGCUUCCCGAGUGUGAUGACAAUGAUGAUGAACUGGCCGAUGUUACAAACAGGAGAAGUGCUAAACUAUAUAUGGUGUCAGAUGCCAGUGGAUCCAUGAAGGUGUCCAUGGUAGCAGAGGAAAAUCCCUUCUCCAUGGCCAUGCUUUUGUCUGAGGAGUGCUUCAUUUUGGACAAUGGUGCUGCAAGGAAGAUCUUUGUUUGGAAAGGCAAAGAUGCUAACCCACAAGAGAGAAAGGCUGCCAUGAAGAACGCCGAGCAAUUCAUACAGCAGAUGAAUUACCCUGCCAACACACAGAUUCAAGUCCUUCCUGAAGGAGGUGAAACACCAAUUUUCAAACAGUUUUUCAAAGACUGGAAGGAUAAAGAUCAAAGUGAUGGCUUUGGCAAAGUGUAUGUCACUGAGAGAGUGGCUAAAAUUGAGCAGAUUGAAUUCGAUGCUACCAAGUUACAUGAGUCUCCACGAAUGGCUGCCCAGCAUAACAUGGUAGAUGAUGGUUCAGGGAAAGUAGAGAUCUGGCGUGUGGAAAGCAGCGGCAGAGUUCCUGUGGGACCUGAGACAUAUGGACAGUUCUAUGGUGGAGACUGCUACAUUAUCCUCUACACUUACCCCAAGGGGCAAAUCAUCUACACAUGGCAAGGAGCUCACGCUACAAAAGAUGAACUCACUGCCUCUGCAUUUCUGACUGUGCAGCUGGAUCGGGUAUUGAACGGUCAGGCUGUGCAGAUCCGAGUCAGCCAAGGUAAAGAGCCUGCACAUUUGCUGAGCCUGUUCAAAAACAAACCACUGAUUGUCUACAAGGAUGGGACAUCCAAGAAAGAAGGUCAGAAACCUGCUCCACCCAGGCGACUCUUCCAGAUCCGCAGGAACCUGGCAGCCAUUACUAGGAUUGCAGAGGUUGAUGUUGACUCAACAUCACUAAACUCUAAUGAUGUCUUUGUUCUGAAACUGCCAAACAACUCUGGCUACACCUGGGUAGGAAAAGGAGCAAGCAAAGAAGAGGAACAAGGGGCUCAGUACAUUGCCAGUGUUCUUAAAUGCCAGACUGCUAAGAUUAAUGAAGGCCAGGAACCAGAGGAAUUCUGGAUAGCACUUGGAGGUAAAAAAAGAUACCAGACUUCAUCACAACUCUUGACAAAGGCUGAAGAGCAUCCCCCUCGCCUGUAUGGUUGUUCUAAUAAGACUGGCAGAUUUGUUAUUGAGGAGGUCCCAGGAGAAUUCACUCAAGAUGAUUUGGCUGAAGAUGAUGUCAUGUUGCUGGAUGCUUGGGAUCAGGUUUUUGUCUGGAUUGGGAAGGAUGCUAAUGAAACUGAGCGAGAGGAAUCCGUUAAAUCUGCCAAACGCUAUAUUGAAACAGAUCCUUCUGGCAGAGAUAAGGGGACCCCCAUUGUGAUCGUGAAGCAGGGGCACGAACCCCCCACAUUCACAGGCUGGUUCCUGGCUUGGGACUCCAACAAAUGGAAGAACUGA